AUGGGGAAGCCACACUCAUCCCCUAUGUCCUCGGGACAUUUAGACGUGGACCCGCCCUUCGCGCGCUGGGCGCGGGGAGGAGACCCGGGAACCCCGGAGCCCGGCGCUCCGCCUCCCGUUUCCGGGGCAGCGCAGUUACCUGCACCGCCGCAGCCACACCUGGCGGAGGCAGAAGUCUCGGGACGCGCGGCGGGGCUCCGGCAGUGGCUGCGGGGCGGCGGCGGCGGCGUGGAGCGCAGAGCGCGGCGGCAGGGACAGGCAGGCGGCGGCUCGGGCCGCUCUCCCGGCUGGCUGGCCGCGUACUCGGGCCGGCUGGGCGCCGCGGCGGGCGCACAUGGCAGCGUGAGAGGCGGACGGCGCGGGGCUGGGGCCGCAGGGCCGCAUGGACAGAGGCGCCACUCCGGCCGGCCCCCGUUAGGGCCCCCGAUCCGCGGGCGCCACCCCCCGAUCAUGCUGCCUCGGCGGCCGCCUGGACCCAAAGCGGCCGGCCCGAGCCGCUGAGCCCCGUGGCGGCCGUGAGCUGCAUGGGGGAGCGCGGGCCAGGCUC